AUGCUCCGCAAGUGGAUUUCGUCUUCCCUGAAGUCGAGGAACCCGCAGUCCAACAUGACCCUAAGCAACAAACCUUUCGACGACCUUUCAACCAAGCAAACCAACCAUCCCACGGAAUCUCCUCCCGCCUACACCGCGACGGCACCCCUCAGUCCGGCGCCAACUACUUGGCGGCGCCGAGUGACUCGGCCAGAAGCCCAUCACCAGCCCCAUCCAAAGCCGGCCCCGUCAGUUCCGCCUCCGGCCGGUAUGACGGUCUCCACGGUUGAGGAUCCCUACGCCUUCUUGUCCUCCUUCGACACCAUUUUCGUUAUCGACGAUUCGGGUUAG